AUGGCUUUUUGCUCGAGCUUGUCCAAUUUAGAAGGAAACUCUUUAACAAUUGUGAAAGAGCGCGAUCGCUCGGACACUGCGGACACCUGUGCUUGUCCGACUACAGCCGAGCUCAGUAAAGCUGUGUCUGUGUCACUGGGUUUAGAUUCGGUAUCUUCUCCGCUCAACAACAUGAACCAGUGCUCCAGCAGCAGCAGCGUCUUCGCAGACUUCAACCCCACUGUGGAGAAUAGUUCCCGAGGAGUGGCGGAGUUUGGAGCGGCUCAAAUUGUGAACUCAGAAGCCAACCGGUUUCUACUGCGUGAAACUAACCAAAGAGAUGAGUUUGGAGAAGUGUGCCACGGAAUCCAGCAGGUCAGCUGCAUGGAUCUGCUCAGAUCGGGUAACAUGGAAAGCGCACAAGCUGUGAUGCGCGACCCGGUGAUAUCUAGAUAUGUCUGCAAGGAAUCAAACUUGUUUAUGAGCCCACAAGAACAUCUCCCUGCGCAAUCUCGGAUGGACGAGCUGUCACAUUUGAAACCAUACUCUGCGUACCCUGCCAACCCAAACCUAUACAGAGAUACGCCGGAUGUGUGGUGUGCACACAGCAGCCGAUCCGAUCCAGAGGAAGGCAGUUUCAGCGGACAUAAUUUGUUGUGUAAAUACUGUAAUUGUGGCCAAGCAGCUCACGGAUCCAGGCAAGAAUGUCACUGUGUCUGGUACGACAAGAGUGACAAAGGUGGCGUGCGAGCGGCGAUGGCACACCAGUAUGGCCAAAUGGAAAGUUACCAAAGUGCAAUUCCCCAAGGGCAGACGAUUCUGUCCACUAUCAAGACCGAACCUUCAGUCUGGGUGGACUGCUCCGAUCGCAGUUUCAGGCAUGAGGAUUUGUUUCCAGGUGUGUAUCUGUCAGACAGGAGAGUGUGUCAGGUUUGCGGUGACGAUGCCUCAGGCUGUCACUAUGGAGCCGUUACCUGUGGAAGCUGCAAAGUGUUCUUCAAGAGGGCGGCUGCAGGUAAGCAGAACCACCUGUGUGCCAGCCGGAACGACUGCACCAUCGACAAACUGCGGAGGAAAAACUGUGCCUCGUGCCGUUUAAAGAGGUGCUUCAUGUCGGGAAUGAGUCUCAAAGGUCGCAGGCUGAAGGGAGCUGGACAGGCGAGGAACGGGGAGGAGGAUCAACAUCUGGCUCCCUGGGGGAAGAGAGAUGCUAUCUUGGAGCCCGGAAGUGCAGUGGCUGUUGCUCAAACAGCGUCUCUGGCUCUUGGAAUCCCCCCGUGCGUGCGCUCCUGCCUCUCCUUGCUCAGCGUCUUGCAGGCCAUCGAGCCGGCUGUGGUCAAUGCCGGACACGAUCACGCGCAGCCAGACAGCCCUGCGUCCUUGCUCACCAGCCUCAAUGAGCUGGGGGAGAGACAGCUGGUAUCUGUGGUGCGCUGGGCCAAGGCAAUACCAGGUUUCCGUGACAUGCACGUGGAUGAUCAGAUGUCAGUGAUUCAGUUGUCAUGGAUGGGGGUGAUGGUGUUCGCGUUGGGCUGGAGGUCCUACACGCUCACCAACAGCUCGAUGCUCUACUUUGCUCCGGACCUGGUCUUCAAUGACCAACGGAUGCAAGUGUCCAGUAUGUAUGAUCACUGUUUGAGGAUGAAGCUGCUCUCCCAAAGGUUCUGCAUUCUGAAGGUCACUCAGGAGGAGUUCCUCUGCAUGAAGGCCCUGGUCCUCUUCAGCAUCAUGCCAGUGGAGGGUCUGAAGAACCAGCGUUGUUUUGAUGAACUGCGGACCUCCUACAUAAAGGAGCUGGAUCGCUUGUCCAGCCACCGCGAGGAGACCACCCGUACACAGAGGCUGUUCCAGCUCACACAGCUGCUGGACUACCUUCAGUCGAUUGUGAGAAAGUUACACCAGUUCACCUAUGAUCUCUUCAUCCAAGCUCAGUCCCUCCAGACGCGUGUCAACUUCCCAGAGAUGAUCUCAGAGAUUGUGAGCGUCCAUGUGCCCAAGAUCCUCUCGGGCAUGGUCAAGCCCAUCCUUUUCCACAACACAGCCUAGAGAGGGGUCUCGGUGAUUGUCCUAUACGUCACUUGAGCUCCUAGUCUUUCGACCACUUCUGGCUAGAGAGGGUUUAUAAUUUAAAAAGGUAUAAGCCCCUUUUUUACUUACAGGGUGACAGUGGAGCACUGUGAUGCUAUAUGGAGGGCAUACAGCACAUUCUUCCAAUCUAAUUGCAUAUACUCGGUUCUUCUUACUGUCUGUUAUCUGUAUCACACACAACAAAUGUUUCUGGAGCUGAUUUAAAACAACUUAAACUUUUUUAGCAUGACUUUCUUCACACUUUCUGCCAACCACCUGGCAUGUAGGCUUCUUCAUAUUUAUAACUGACAACAGGCAAUCUUUAAUUUGGGGAGGUAGAGAGGAAAAAACCAUGUUUGCAGAGUUCACAUCACCAUAGCUUGUCUGUGUGCAGUGGUAUGACAUUUGAACUAGCUGUUUAACAAUGAAUGUUAUUGUGUGCACCUGAGAUGAACAAAGUUGAUUGACAGUUAAUAAACCGCUGCGGCAUGCAUGCAAAGAAGCAAAGCUGUCUCGCCUGAAUAUAAGAACAUUUCUGAAAGCUGUUCUCAUCCGUAGAAAUAAUAGUCGGGGUUUUAGGUUUUUAAACAAAUGACUCAUUAGUCAACUAACUGUGGGUGCCUUUUAUUUUAUUCUUGCUUGUUUUUGAAUGUCAAACAUUAUCAAAGUACAAUUUUUCCAGAAUGAACAUUUCAUACUGUUGUAACUUUUUUACAGUUUCUUAAAAAGUGUUCUUUGCAAAGUGCUUUGCCGUGAAUCAUCGUCAUGUAAUCAUUGUAGCUUCUGACAUUUUUGCUAAACGUAAAAGGCCCAGACAACAAUCUGCUCAUUUGUGGCAACACCUACUGCUUAACAUGGAAUAAUAAAAACUGAAGCAUGA